CAGGGUGGAGCAAGAGGAAAGAAGGAAACAGCACAGUUCUCAGCCAUCUAGACACUGAGCUCUCUGUCCCCUCACUCUCUCUGUGCAAAUGGCAGAUGAAGUGCAUCUCUGGAACACCCGGCCAAAGAGCUUGGACAAGUACAUUGAGGACUAUCUCUUACCUGACACGUAUUUCAAGACUGAGCUCAAAAAGGCCAUUGACAUCAUCUGCUCCUUCCUAAAGGAGAGAUGUUUCCAGCAUACAGGGACGCCAGUUCGGGUGACCAAGGUUGUGAAGGGAGGAUCAUCUGGCAAAGGCACAGCCCUGAGAGGCCUUUCUGAUGCAGAUCUGGUGGUGUUUCUCAGCAAUCUCCAAAGCUAUCAGGACCAGAUUGAUCGCAGAAGUGAGUUCAUUAAUGAAAUCAAGAAACAGCUGGAAGCAUGUCAGCAUGAGCAAGGGUGGAUGUUUGAAAUAGAAUUUGAGAAAACCCGUUUUCUCAACCCUCGAGUACUCGGCUUCCGACUGAAAUUUCCUGGCAUCAGUCAUUCAAUGGACUUUGAUGUACUCCCAGCCUUUGAUGUUCUGGGUCAACUAACCAGAGAUUUCAGAAAACCUGACCCUCGGGUCUACAUUGAUCUCAUAAUGGAAUCCUCAUGGAAUGGGGGAGAAUUCUCUACCUGUUUCACAGAACUGCAAAAGCGCUUCCUCAAAGAACGGGUUACCAAGCUCAAAAGUCUGAUCCGAUUGGUGAAACACUGGUAUAAAAUGUGCAAGAAGAAAGUGGACUCACUCCCACCUCAGUAUGCCCUAGAGCUCCUGACCAUCUAUGCCUGGGAACAUGGAAGCAGGGAAACUUCUUUUAACACAGCUCAGGGUUUCCGGACAGUCCUGUACCUGAUCCAACAAUACCAACAGCUUUUGGUCUACUGGACUGUCUACUAUGACUUUGAGGAUGAGAUCAUUGGAAAUUACCUCCGUUUUCAGCUCCAGAAAUGCAGGCCAGUCAUCCUGGAUCCAGCUGACCCAACUGGAGAUGUGGGGGGCGGAACUCGAUGGCAAUGGGGCAGGCUGGCACAACAAGCUCGAAUGUGGUUAUCUGCCCCCUGUUUUCAAAACUUGGAUGGAACCAUGGUGGAGCCAUGGAAAGUGCCAGUGAAGCAGACUCUGGAUGGAAGGAAGGGUUUUUUCCUAUUCUAUGAAUCAGUAGAGACAUUUCCUACUCACAAUCUAGUCCAACAAGGCAGACAUCCCUUCCACAAUGAAAUGCCCAAAGAAGAGGAGUCUUACUGCACAAUUCUAUGAGUCUUCUCCUUCCAUCUCAUGGCUCUCUGUGACCUCAGAGGGAGCACAGGAAGAAUUAGAUAAGAUGGCUGGGAAAUUCCUUCUCAACUCUAAAAUUCUGUUAUUCCAAGGGGAUAUUAAAUUUUAUAUGGUUGUGAUGAAUAUAUAAUUGGUGGUUGCCAGUGAUUUAAUUUCUAAAUCCCAAAAUGAAUUACUAUAUUGAAAUAGAAUUUAUGGUAAUUAGUUUUAAAAUAGAGGGAAGAUAUUAAGGAAGUGAGAAAAGAGGAGAGAGAGAGAGAGGGAGAAAGAGCUCUGGCUUCCUCAGAGCCAGGUAGAAAUUCCAAGCCCUAGCCAGGGGAAAAGGAGUCUCAAGACAACGGGCCUUUUCCAGAGGCCCACAUCUCCAUAAAGGGCAAGGACAUCAGCCUUCUCACUCACCAAGGUGGCCAUCUAAAAGAAAAGCAGUCUGAGUUCUCCUGCACAAGCUCCUACAGGGGAUCCAAGUGUCUUCACUCCAAGUGUGAAUGUCUGUCUUCCAGUCUCUCCUCAAGUGUCUCUCUUCCAGUCCAACUCUAAGUCCCAGAUUGUGUGCCUCUGUUUCCUCUAUUUAAAGAUCUUUUUCUCUUGUGUCACCUUCUUUAAAUUUUUAUGUCUACCAAUCACAGCAGAUGCUCCUCUCCAGGAUUGCCCACUCAGUGUAUGAAAUGGGUGUUCACAUCUUUUGUGGUUAGAUCGCACCUUUUGUAGUUAGUUUGCACCUUCAGUGAUUUGUUAAUACCUUUUUGUCCUUAAAAAUGGGUAGAUCUACUUUAAAUAUUGAGUUAACACUUUGGGGAUUAAAUCUAAAGAUAGACAGGGAAUUAAAAUUUAAUCUUCACAAUAAAAGAAGAGCUAAGCAUCUUCAUUUUUGCAAUCAGGAGAUAGUAAAAUCCAACCUUCACAGAGAUUAGAGGCCAUUAGGGGACUGUGAAUGCAACAGUUUUAUCAGAAACAUGUACUAACAUCUUUAUAUGGAUAACACAUAUCAUUGGGCAAGGACAGGUUGAGCCAAAAAGAAAAUGGGAUCUUCUAGAUCUACAUUUGUGAUAGUAUGAUCCUGUAAUGCCUAGAUUGGGGUACAGCUCAAAAUUCAAUCCAAUUUGUCCUGUCUAGAUCUCAUUUGUGUGCAAUAUUUAGCAUGUUGUCUACCCUGUUAGACUGUGAGCUCUUUGAGAACAGGAACUGGGUUUAUCUUUUAUUGGAGGUGGUGGUUUUGUGUGUUAGCCUUUAACACAAUGCCUCCUGGCACAUUGUGAGGGCUUGUUGAUAUGUGGGACUUAGGAAAUGCUCUGAAACAGUAGACUAUGGUGCUUUGUUUGUCUCAAGCUUAAGUUUCAAUGCUUACAUUGGAGAUGAUACAUGGAAGUUAAACAGAAUAAACAGUUAUGCCCACAAGGGCAAUUCACCCUUUGUGGGCUGCCCUAGCAGUCCCUUUUAGAUGUCAUCUCCAUGAGGUUUAGGGAGUCAAGGGGAGAUCAGGCAGUCCCCAGAAUAAGCAGCAUGUAUCCUUGAUCUGUAUGUACCAAUUGAAUGCUUACUGAAUAAAAUUGACUUUGAUCUCCUU